AUGACAAGUAGUUCAAACAGACGGGAUAACACUAAACUGCAAAAUGAAAGACACCAGCUCAUAAUUCAGGAGUUACUUCGUGAUGACGACAAUAAGUACUGCGCAGAUUGUGACGCGAAAGGGCCACGUUGGGCUUCCUGGAAUAUUGGCAUUUUUCUGUGCAUAAGAUGUGCAGGGAUACAUCGCAAUCUGGGUGUUCAUAUAUCCAAAGUUAAAUCAGUUAACCUUGAUACAUGGACUCCUAUGCAGUUGGCUGUUAUGAGGGAAAUGGGUAAUAGCAGAGCACGAGCUGUAUAUGAAGCAAAUUUGCCCGAUAAUUUUAGAAGGCCACAGACAGAUGCUGCGUUGGAGACGUUUAUUCGAGCAAAGUAUGAACAGAAACGGUACAUAGCGCAAGAAUAUACCCCAAGUAAACCCGAUGUAGAAUCAUUAAUGAAAGAAUUGCAACGUCUUGAAUUGUCUCAAAAGAAAAAAUCGCCUACUGUGAGCUUGGGUGCUCAUUUACAACAGCCUACCAGCCGAACACAUCGUCCAUCUAAGGAGCUACCAGUAACAUCAUCUGAAACAGAUAAUUCCAGAAAUAAAAAUAAUCUAUUUGAUCACGGUGGUUUUAGUCAAGCAACUUUUGGAAAUCAACAAAAACAGUCAACUGUUGGACAACAACCAGUCAGCUCACUAGUAGAUACGACCCAACAUAUACAAAAACCUAAAGAUACUGCAUCUAGCUUGACAUCUGAUCUUCUGGGUUUGGACUUUGGAUGCACUAGCUUGGUCGGUGAAAAGGCUACAAAUGCAGCUAAUGAUGGACAAGUGUCUUCAGGAUCCACGUCAAGAUAA